UUCUCCCACGUCGUACGCAUACAAGAUGCAACGCAGGAUUCCUUUAACUGUGUGCUCUUCUCUUUACCUGAAGCAUGUGCAUACAAUCUUCUGAACAUAUACCCGUCAAAUCCCACGUAGAAUUACUGGAGAAAGUGGAUAUUUUUGUCCGAUCUUCCGAUGAUUCAAGAUCCCUGAUUUUCAGAUUGAAGGGCCUUCAUGAUUUUGUUUCAAUAUGGAUAAAUAUAAACCAAGGAAUAUCUUGAUUACCGGGGCUGCUGGAUUCAUAGCAUCUCAUGUUGCAAACUGGCUGACACGGAAUUACUCGGAGUAUAGAAUCAUUGUUCUUGACAAGCUGGAUUACUGUUCGAACUUGAAGAAUCUUGAUCCCUCUCAAUCUCACCACAACUUUAAAUUCGUGAAGGGCGAUGUUUGUAGUGCUGACCUUGUCAAUUAUAUACUUGCGACAGAGGACAUAGACACAGUUAUGCACUUUGCAGCACAAACACAUGUUGAUAAUUCAUUUGGAAACAGUUUUGAGUUUAUUAAGAACAAUGUUUAUGGUACUUGUGUACUUCUUGAAGCUUGCAAAUCUUUCGGUCAUAUUAAGAGAUUUAUCCAUGUGAGUACUGAUGAGGUAUAUGGUGAGACGGAUGAGAAUGCUACUGUGGGAAAUCAUGAGGCUUCGCAGCUUCUCCCUACAAAUCCCUAUGCUGCAUCUAAAGCUGGGGCUGAAAUGCUUGUUAUGGCAUAUGGACGAUCAUAUGGGCUGCCGGUUAUAAUCACAAGGGGGAACAAUGUUUACGGGCCCCAUCAAUUUCCUGAGAAGUUAGUUCCUAAAUUUAUUCUCUUAGCCAUGAAAGGAAAGCCCCUUCCGAUUCAUGGGGAUGGGUCCAAUGUCAGAAAUUAUCUUUAUUGUGAAGAUGUUACAGAAGCUUUUGACACCAUACUCCAUAGGGGUGAGGUUGGUCAUGUUUAUAACGUUGGAACAGAUGAGGAAAAGAGAGUUAUCGACGUGGCAAUGGAUAUUUGUAGGUUGUUUUCGUUGGAUCCAUCUACUGUGAUAAAGUUUGUGGAGAACAGACCUUUUAAUGACCAAAGGUAUUUCCUGAAUACCCAAAAGCUGAAACGUUUGGGAUGGUCAGAGAAAACUAAAUGGGAUGAUGGUUUGAAGAAAACCAUGGAGUGGUAUGUAAGAAAUCCUGACUGGUGGGGAGAUAUUUCUGCGGCAUUACUCCCUCAUCCAAGAAUGCUUUCUUUCCCUUGGAUACGGAAAGAUCACAUUAAAGUUGGAGUUAAUGAGUCAUCUCACGCACGACAGAGUUCUGAUCAGGAGCAAAGCUUUACGCAAAAGCCGACUUUGAGAAUUUUGAUGUAGAACUGGGUGUUUAGCAACCUUUUCCAGAAUAAGACAGAAAGAAGGUGUAAAUUACGCUUCCUUGAUCAUCUCAGCAUUUGUAAAUUUCAACCAUUGCUUAUCCCCAUGGCUGCUGCAGUGACAUGAAGUCUACUUGAUCUCGGGAUAAUUUGGCUGUGAAGUUUUUGCCUGGGACUAGAAUACUUACUGCCUAACAUUUGUUUGAUGAUAGCGCUGGUGAAGGGCUUAUUCUAAAGCUUUGAGACCAAAAACAUGCAGGAUUUUUUGGAUAUGGUGGAUAUGCUUGUUUUGCUAUGUUGAUAAAGUACUUUAAUUUCCUUCAGAGAAACCACAGCAUCCAUGAGAGCGGAGCAAGAUAAAAGAACAAACUAACCAAGUUAAGGGAACGUGAUUCAGCACGAAAGCUAAUCAGGAUGAAUGUCUUAUAUGCAUUAAAAAUAUACAAAGAAAGGAGAAUAUCCACCGAUCUUCCUAACUGAAUGCAUUUAUUUAGCAUGUAUAUCUUGAUGUACCUUUUAAUUUUUUAUUAUUUAUUUUAUGUAUUCUGAGCUGUGAGCAUCAGGGGACAAUGCAUACGUCAUUCCACUGGGAGAGGUAAUUUUAAUUCAGCUCCAGAGAAGAACUUAGUCAUCUAGACCAAAAGAUAGGAUUCAUCUUGACACAACUGAUCCUGUUUUGGUUUAUGAGCCAAGUGCUCAUUUUCUUCCAUAGGUUGUAAAGUUUCUAGUUGAAUUGUUUUUGCUUGAUAUGAUAGCUGUAUUGAACUCAAGGUUCUUAUGUUUAAAGUCUUUAUUAAUACUGUAA